GAAAGCUCCUACAUGUGCAAUUCCAUGGGGUCUCUAAUUUCUUGAGCCCACAAGCAUCGAUAUUUGAAAGUGACAUUAGAAGACUUUAUCAGUUGGCGUGAUGGCUGACCUAGAAUCAACAGCAGUUGUUGUUUCUCCAUAGCUUGGAGUUUGGUUAUAAAUAGAGGACAGUGCAAAUGCAAUGGAGAGAUACGCCUGCAGACAAAUGGAUAGUGCAACGGGAAUCAAACUGACAUUGCUGGUUGUGAUCUUUGCUGCAGUGAUCGUUAACCUGAGAGGUGAGCAAGUCAGCAAUGGCACUAUUGGGAAUUUGGAUAAGAGCAACAAAACGCGGAAUGAAGUGGUGGUGAAUGAUAAGAGGAGGAAUAAUGGUGGCGGAGGCGGCGGUGGAGGUGGAGGUGGAUUUGUUUGGGGAUGGGGUGGAGGCGGUGGAGGAGGUGGAGGUGGAGGUGGAGGUGGUGGUGGCGGUGGUGGUAGAGGAGGAGGAGGCGGCAGCGGAUGGGGGUGGGGAGGAGGAGGGGGUGGGUAUUGGGGAUGGGGGUGUAGGAGACAACCUAAUAAACAAGGGCGGCACCAUUGGAACCACAACAAUGACAAUGAGGACUACAAGAUGGGAGAAUAUGCUCAGUGCAUGGUGAGCGGGAGGUGUCGGGGAAUGCGAUUGGAUUGCCCGUUGCAUUGCGGAGGGCCGUGCUUCUAUGACUGCAGGAAGAUGUGCAAGGCUCACUGCAAGCGUUAAUCCAUCGGUUCGAUGUUUCUUCUUGAUCCCAACCUUAUCAUCGGAGAAAAUAUUGUGUUGAGAGUGUAUUAGAUAGGCCUAACUAUAAUCAAAAUUUCAUCUGAUUUGUUGAGCAGGUAGAAGAGAUGUGUGGGCUUGUUGUGAGCUUCUAUUUUGUUGUCAUUUCAUGGGUUUUUUGGCAAUGCAUAUAUAUGUAUGUAUGUAUGUAUUGGGAGUCUUCUUGCUUAAAGAUUUGUUGCAGUGUAAUGAUGAUGAAUGUAUGCUUCUGACUAACACUCUCCUUGUUACUGUAAUGAAUUUUAUCAAUGGGAUGAUCUUUUAUUUGUUUAGAA